GAAUAAUAUUGGCGGCGUGUAUAAUAUAGUGCUUGGAGUGUGCUUUUUAGAAUUGAAUAGUGCAACGAAGUAGGGUUGAAUGAAUUACAUUAUCGCUAAUUAGCGUAAGGAUUACCCCGUAAAAUUCACAACGAUCAUUUGACUGAUACGUAUUUUUCAAACUGAAUAAUAGCAAAUCUACUUUAAGAAAUAACGCUACGAUGAUGAUUUGUGUAAAUACUAGAAUCGUGUUCUGAAAAGUAACGGUGAUUCAACGAUACUGCCUCGAGCACGAGAGAUUUUGCGUUACAAAAUAGGGAGUGAGUGUCGCAUCAUGGAUUCGAAUGAGGCUUUUACUCGUGCAGCUCUAUAUCAGAGCUGUAAAAGAUCCAAGAUCCUAAACAACAUCGAUAUUGAGAAUGUUGACAUACAAACUCUGCGAGCGCUCGUUAAUCAACACAACGCCGUAUCGGUGCGAGAACUCCCCAUACUUAUCUCAAAAUACGUGGUCAAAUUUGGUCUUUCAUUCGUAGUCGAAAGAUUUCCGAAGAUGCGUGGAUACAUGAAUCCGGAGAAUAUUGUUGUACAAAUCGAAGAUGACGAGUUGCUGUAUCUACAAACCCAUGAAGGUCGCGCUCAAAUGAACAUUUACACGAUCGUUAUGAAAAAUAUUGCGGUCAGUGUGUUAGGUUCGUCGAUUGCAUCGUUACGUGAGCAACUAAACUCUAAUUCAAGAGUAACGGAAUACCCGAAAAUAAAGGUUAAGUCAGUCGCACAACCGAUUCCUCAACAAGUAGUGCCGAAGACUUAUACCAAUAAAUUUGAUGAUGUUUCGUUCUCGCCGAUGCUCACAUCACCGCUACAGCGUGCUGUGCAAUCAUCCAAGGCCGGUAGUUCCGAGCGUGAUACUAAUAUCCAUAAACAUUCUGACCAGGUGGUGAACGGACGUAUAAUACGACGCAACGAAUUACAGGCAAUUCGACGUAUGCACCGUGAUCGUUUGACCAGUAGAUUGCGGCCUAUCGACAAUUUGAGCGACAGCGCUGAAUCCGUUGAUAAUGAGGAUGAAGUCGAUGAUAUCGAAGAGACAGAGAUCGAGAGAAGAUCGCUGUUGGGCCGUCGUUCCAGUAUUUCGAAAUUCAACGACUCAACAAUCCUGUUGGACGACAUUAACGACGCGGAUGAGAAAUAUCUUGAGUAUACAUCACCACUGUCACAGUCGCCACGGCAAGAUGCUGCAAACGAUUGGCUCAAUCUCGAUAACGUAGAACACCAACGACAUUACGCUACAAUUGAAAAAACUAAGAUCCGUUCAAUGCCGAAGACUUCGAGUGACACGUUAAUUUUCCCAUCUGAGUCUAAACAAACAAUAAAUGAAUCGGAAAUAAUACAUAAACUUGCUGAUGAUGGCGAGGUGAAGACCCAUGAGCUAAAGACGGUCGAUCGUCAAAUGGAUUUGGAGCAGCAACAGAAAGAGGAUGACGAGGAUGAUAUCAUAUCGAUCAUUGAACCCUCAGAUGUUAAUAAAACGACUAACGGGCCUGACGAAGCAGGCAAUACGCGAGAAGAAUUUACCGACAAGAGUGCUCCAAUCGUGUCCGACGUUUCAAUCGACGCAGAGAAGCAUAAAGCUGCGUCCACUUCCGACACGGAUGACAAACGAAUAACAAUUUCGUUCAGUGACGACGAGGACGAUUGAGCAACGAUGCUUUAUGUCAUCGACUACGCUAUUCACGGCUGAACAUCUUUGCAUCUUGAAAAUAAUCUAUUUUU